AUGCGUUUUUCAGUCGCUCUUUUGACAAUCUUGGCCGCAGUCCAAUCUGCCCCAGUGCCCGUGCUCAUUACACGAAUGCACACAGCACAAGCUGUUACCACCACGGAAGAAAACUACUAUACCGUCACCUCCACCAUACCUAUCGUUGAGGUUCUUAUUUCCAACGGUGUUUCUUACACCAAGACACUCCUUACUACUGCUUCCGGCAGCGAUAUUGACACUAUACAGCCAACCACCACUCUUGUUGUCCAAGGAGACAGCGUCUCCACUAGCGGAGCUGACGCAGAAACUAGUCAGACACAGACCAGCAGUCCUGAGCCAACUACAACCAGCACUUCUAGCACUUCUACGAGUUUGAGCCAAGGAACGACUGAGUCUUCGUCUGUGACUUCUGCUGAACAGACUUCCAGUGCGGCCACUGUUUCCACGGAGGACUUCAAUCUGGUGAACUCUGUCGAUGUGGAAAACUUGUCUACUGGCGAGACCGGCUCCUCCACUUCUGCAACCUCUACCUCUGCCAGCUCGGUGACCACCACCUCGGCCACGAGCGAGUCUUCUACUAAAGCUUCCACCGAGUCUUCUACCGAGGCUUCUUCUGAGUCCUCCAGUGAAGCUUCCACCGAGAGCUCUUCCACCAGCUCUUCUACAUCUACUACAUCAUCAAGCUCCACUAGCUCUACCACGUCAUCGAGUUCCACCAGCUCCAGCUCUACAAGCUCCACUACAAGCUCCAAAAGUACCUCGUCUACCGAAGCUUCUUCCACCAGCUCGACCAGCACAACUGCCAGCUCGUCUACCUCGUCGUCCUCUGCCGUUUCCACCAUCAUCCCAUCUGCUAUUGUGUACUCUCCUUACACUGACUCCGGUUCGUGCAAGGACUACGACUCAGUCAAGAGCGACUUGGCUCUGAUCCAGUCCAAGGGAAUCAACGAGGUGAGAAUUUACGGAAACGACUGUAACUACCUCACCACCGUGCUCCCAAUUUGUGCCGAUAAGGGAAUCAAGGUUGAUCAGUGCUUCUACAUCCAGUCCGAUGGUGUCGACUCCAUCGACGACGCCGUCAGUGACCUGAUCGACGCUGUCCAGGACUCUUCUUCUGGCUUCGACUGGGACCUGUUCUCCUACUUUGUUGUUGGUAACGAGGCCAUCAACAACGGCUACUGUACCGUGGACGACUUGAUUUCUAAGAUCUCUUCUGUCAAGUCCAAGCUCAAGUCGGCUGGAUACACUGGAAAGGUCACCACCGCAGAGCCUCCAGUUUCGUACGAGAGACACUCCAGUCUCUGUACCGACUCAGAGAUCGACUUUGUCGGUAUCAACCCUCACGCCUACUUUGACAGCUCCUCGAGCGCCGAAGACGCUGGAAACUUUGUUUCUGGCCAGAUCAGCUUGAUCGAAGGUAUUUGUACCGACCAAGAGGUUCUGGUUCUUGAGACAGGAUACCCAAGCGAGGGAAUCCAGAACGGCGGAAACAUUCCGUCCAAAGAAAAUCAAAGAAUCGCUAUCAAAGGUAUCCUCGAACAGGCCGGCUCUAAAACCACAAUUUUGUCCACAUACAAUGACUACUGGAAAGAACCAGGUCCAUACGGCAUUGAACAGUCGUUUGGUGUCAUUGACAUUUUGGAAUGA